AGGUUGAUUCAUGAAGUCUCACCUCGGUGCCUGACGUAGGGUCUAGCCUAUCGCUGUCCACCCCGUAUACAAUACCUGUAUAAUUACAUUUGCCUUUAAAACACCAGAUACGAUAGCAAAUGCCGUACACAUGUUACAUGUUAUAAUGUUCCUUGUAAUGUAACAGGAAUGAUAAUUGAGGGUGAGGAAUGUCGUCAUGGUGUACGACGUGAGGGCGCCGUAGUGAAGCUACCUGCUGCCGUGUGUGGGUGUCAGUGACGCUACAGCAACCAGGGAGGGAGGUGCCGUCAGUCCCCACUCUCGUCAACACCCUAGUGUGCCUACACUAGUGCCGUCACUUAGCAACAUUAUAGCUACAGUAUACUGCAUUAUACAGCAGCGUCUACUGUAUACUGCAUUAUACAGCAGCGUCAUGUGUGAGUUGUCGCUGUGGGAGCAUCUGCCCACCAACGUCCAGGAGCCCGGCCCCUUCAGUGUCCCAGCCACUCGCACCCAGAAUGAUGAGAACUGCAGCUUCCAUGAGGAUAACUGGGAUGACUUUGGUUGUUCAGGCAACGUGCCGGAAUACCUUCAGACUAUUCCUUCAGUGUCUGAGAGUGUCCCUGAGAAUUUCUUAGAUGCUGCCGUAGAUGAGUCAUCAUCAACAAUGACUUGUUUGCUUCCAGUAUCAUCAACAACCACAAUGACAUCACUGCUUCCAGCAACAUCAACACAUACAAUGACAUCACUGCUUCCAGCAACAUCAACACAUACAAUGACAUCAUUGCUUCCAGCAACAUCAACACAUACAAUGACAUCAUUGGUUCCAACACCACUUCAAGAGCAGUUGUUAGCCAAUAAUAAACCAUGGAUGGGAGACGGGGCUCCUACACUCCAGCUGAUGCCAGAGUCAAGAGAUGUAACCAACACAUCAGCCCCAUUGCACUUUACACUGGUACCAUCAAAGUCAACUAACUAUCAACUAACAGCAACUGGACAUCAGGAAUCUGUGUCCCCAGAGGAGCUAGAGCAGUCACCCCAAGGCUCGGAGGCAGAGACCGUAGGCCUACAGCCACAUACCAACACUGCGAUGAUAGUGACAUCAGUGCCUGUACCAAUGGCAAACCUCCAAACCACUCAUAAUUUACCAGAGAAUGGGACCGUGAUGCUGUGUUCACUACAGCAGCAACAAGGUCAACAUACAUUGAUCCUACCUCAGAUGCAGCCAUCAUCUCACACAACUCAAAUGUUAGAUGUUCCCAUCCUUAGUGACUCUGAAGGGGAAUACGGAUUUACUGUCACCGUUGAAGAAAAGGAACGUACUACAAAAAGUCCAAUGUGGUUGAUGAGUAGAAUCACAAAUAAAUUAUAUACAAACAUUAACAAAUCGGUGCCAUUCGAAAUUCACCUAAAGAAGCCCAUCAACAACAAACAGUUCUGCAUUCGAGCCGUGCCGGUAUUCUCCAGUCCGCAGUUCUUGCGUACAAAUGUUAAUCGUUGCCCCAACCAUGCUGCACCAACAGAUGCAACCAAUCAUGAUUUUCCAUAUCCAGAGCAUGUCAUACGGGCUGACCACCCAGAGGCUCGUUAUAUUAAGGGCACAUCAGGACGUUUGUCUGUUACUGUUCCAUUGGACACUUUGCAAGAUGGGUCAGACUACACUCCUGUCCUUCUAAGAUUUAUGUGUCUUGGAUCCUGUGUGGGCGGUAUUAAUCGAAGACCCAUUGCCGUCAUCCUUACCCUUGAGAAUAGUUUGGGGAAAGAAUGUGGAAGGAAAGUUAUUGAUGUUCGAGUGUGUGCAUGUCCAACUCGAGAUAUCAGAACUGAUGAACAAGGCGUAUUGAACAAAGGAGUUAAGCGAAAAUGUUCUUCUAGCCAAGAAAGAGUACCAAUUGUGGCGAGGAAAAAGCCCAAGACAUUGGACCCCAAAACGGAACCCCACGAUGACGACAAGAAAACAUUUUUCAUUCCAGUUUAUGGAGAGAAGUUGUACAAUUUUCUCAUGGAUAUGAAGGCUGUGUAUUACCGUUCUCAUCCUGAAUAUGCAGCUAAAUACCCUGAUGACGACGUUCUGUUACGCAGUAUUACUACGAGUUCCACCUGUGCAGAAAAGCAGAAGGAAACAUCUGAUUGUAGAUCAAACAUAGAUGAAUUAGGCACCUGGGACUCAGAAGUGGAUUCUCCUCAACAAGUCACAUAUGAUGAUCCUCAGAAUGAUUCAUUUAAUGCCUCAAGACAAAGUCUGCCAAGUCAAUUGCAGUCACAUGUUGCAGUCUCUCCCACAAUGAAACUGAUGGUUGUGGAUGCCAAGAGAAGUGGUGGUGGAGAACUCUUUGGUUCAAAAAGCACACAGAAUAGUAGUAUGAAUGUUUGGCCUCAGAUAUCAGAAGCUGUUGUAAGCAAUUCACAGAUUUCUUCAGUGCCUUUUAUCUCAACAUUAACAUCUACUUCACCUGAACUUCGCAGACAGUCUGUAGGCAAAUUUAACAUGGCUAAUGUUUCCAAAAUUAACUUAACCAAGCAUGUGCCAGUAGUGCAGGUUUCAUCAUAUAAGGCCAGAGAGCCCGCAACUAGAAAAUUAAGCUCAGAUUAUACAAUUGGAAUUAUUAACCAAUCUCUUUCUCUUUACAAAAAUUCUUUGUUGACACAAAAACAGUUUCAUAAAGAUGAGGCGAGCUUAUCAAAUGUCAGGCAAGACUCCAGUGCAGUUCAAGAGGAACAGUUGCCGCAUGACAGUCCAGAAAUGUUGGCGGCUAAUGUAUUAGUAAAAGGAUUUGCCAAAGAAUAACAGUGAAUAGUUUAUUUUAUUAAGUUAUUGAAGGUAAAAAUGCAAUGGAGAACAAUGAGUGUUGAGUGUCUUCCAAUUAGGUUAAAAGGAAUUGGGCAACAUGGCUUUGUCAUGUCAAAAUGCAUUAUGCAACAGUGAAUGAGGAGCAUUUUCCAGUGUGAUUAGCAUAGCAACCCAGAAGUGUAUAAUAUGUUGUGUGUGCCGCCAGCUUAGAGAUCUUAAUGAUAAUAAUGACUCAAAGCUUGUGUGGACAUAUACUGUAUAUAACUUGGAGCUCAGAUAAACAUUUUAAGCUCUGACAUUUAUAACUGAAUUGUAAAUAUUUAUGGUUUCCCAUUGUCAAGGGACAAGAAGACUUAGGCUUAUUAAGGGCCACCCGUAGGCCUACUGCUGACCUUCCCCAGGAUGCUGCCCACAACAGUUGCCUAACUCCCAGGUACAUAUUUACUGCUGAGUGAACAGAGGCAUCAGGUGUAAGGUCCUCUUAGGCCAGAUACUGACCUUCUCCAGGAUGCUGCCCACAACAGUUGUCUAGCUCCCAGGACACAGAGGGAAUAGGUGUAAGGAAACAUGUCAAAAUGUCUCAUCCAGUCUGGAGAUCAAAAUAAGGGGCAACUGGCUGUAAGCCAACACUAUUCCUAGCCUGGGCAAUCAUUUAUUAGAGAGAGCUUGUUAAAACAAUUUCUAUAGAUCUCAUCAAGCAUCUGUUACUGAUCCCGAACAAAACAUUUAUGACUGUAUUCAGGCAAAUUAAAUAAGGGAUGAAUAAUAAACCCAUCACAUUAAAAUGUGAUGGGCAAAUUGUGACAGCAAGUACUGUAUGUGCCUUCUUAUACUGUUGCAAAGUAUCGCCAAACUACAACCACUCUGACAAUGAGUAAGGAAAACCUUGGAUACCUACAGGCCAUUCAGGGAUCAAUGCAUCUUACAUAAAAGUAUAUUGUGACAAAGUUAUUUCUGGGGGGAGCCCCGUUGGCUCCCUGAAGCUAUCACACUUCAGGGUUAUCAUUGAUUCAGUGCUGUACUACUGUGUGCCCUCAGUCACAGAGUUCUAUUGGCCUACCAGGAAUCAUGAGCCAGAACCAGGUCCCCCUCAAAGAGGUGCAUGGAACGAUGUCCUAUAAACAUUUUACCUUCAAAGAUAAUCAUAAUACUGUAGUCACCACCAGGAAAACACCCAGAAAGCUAGACAAAACAAAACAGACUACUGCAUGGUUAAAACCAAACCAUUGCCCCACAAAAUGGAAAAAGAGCUCCCCUAAUAAUGAAAAACCACCAAAAUUUUGUGAAAUUAGUGAGAGCUAGUUUAACCCAGGCCCGGCAGACUGGGUCAGCCGGGCCCAUCACCAUUAGUUCUAUCGCCGAUGUGCCUGUUUGCUGUUGUCGCUCUGGCUCCAGUAUCCCAUUUUCUGAGUGGUGUUUUGCCUUUGAGGCUGUUCUUAUACACAUUAGUGUUGCAUGUAACCAAAUUAGUGUACUUGGAGCUGCAUGUACUCAGGGUUUCCUUCCCUGUGUGCUCUUUGAGCACUUCCCUUGCGCUUUCAGGGUUUUCUUCCCUGGGGUGUUCAGGUUACACCCUUUAGAGGGUCUCUUCGCUUGGGGUGGUCCUCGCUUUUCAGGUAAGCUGAUGGUCUUUGACUUCCUGUCUCACCUGGGGUUGGUAGUGAUUUCGACUUUCAGCCUGUGGUUUGUGCAAUCAGUUACUCCGCUAACAAAUUAGUGCCAACGUUUCUCCCUGGUACUCUGUUUGCCACGGUUUGGUCCUAGGGCUUUGUGCUUGUGUGCUUAUUUUUUUCACUUUGCCCUUUUUGUGCUUGGGAGUUCUUCCUUUGAUCUUAUUAGGCUCUGCCUAGGUUGUGUGCAGUUGAACCCUCUUGCUGGCCCCUUGGGAUUUUCCAUUGGUUUUGGGUGGGGUGGGGUGGGGUUGCCUGUUUUAUUCAGGGUUUACCGGUAUAGCAUUCCAAGUGCCUGGGCUUCCUGCAGGGCUCAUUCACCCUACCGGCCCUGGAAAAUCCCUAUAGGCUCGGUUGUACUAUGGAUACCUCUUCUGAGCCUGCUCUCGCCUUGUAUGAAUUUGUGGGUUGUUUGUUGCCAGUACCAACUGAUGAUGUUCAUACAUUCAGUCUCCGCCAUGCUGCCUGAUAGGGUCAGUGACAUCUUCGACCCUGAGUCAUGUGGGGACUUGGUCGUCCCCAUGUGCUCCAAUUUACCCAUUCCACUGUUGAGAGUCAGAAGUAUAAGGCAGCUACUGCCUUGCAUUCAAGGUUUUCUGUUUAGCAGCAGUCUAGGUUGUUUGCCCAGUUGGAGGCCUCAGAUCGGCUCCACUCGUGUCCAGGUAAUCAGAUUUGAGGGUGUUGAUCACCUUGACCGUGGUUCCGUCUGCACCCCUUUUUCCUUCCCCAGGGAGCUGGUUUCGGCCUUCUUCUCUUUCUCUUCCCCUUCUUCCGGCUCCGAAGCAUCUGAGGGUUUUGGUGUCAGGGGCCAGAUUUAGCUCUGAAUAUGGCUUGGGCUGAUCUUGGAUUUGCCCCUUUUGAUGUGGGCAUGGAGGCAGUUGAGCCUCUCAAUCCCGCCAAGGCUUCUGGGUCAACCCAGCCGACCCCUUCCUUCGAAGCCUUUAUCUUGGACUCUGUGUUUCUUUCCCGGGUGGUGGGUGUGGACAUCAGCUCUGCCUUGUGGCCCACUUCUGCAGUUUCCAGGGCUAUGGGGGUAGUCGGAUUGGGGUCCUUGGAUUCUGUUUGACCCUUCGUGCCAUGUGCAAAGGGUCUUUUGUUGUAGACGAAGAGUUUUUCUUAUCCCUCUGCCUUGCAUGAUUUUGAGUUAGGUGCUGCUUCCCCAGGGUUCGAUUCUGUGUGCUUUUUGGCGCUUUGGACUCGUCCUUCUGGAGGUUACUUUCCUCCUGGGUUUUCCCGGCAAAGGCUCAGGAGGCCCUAGAAGCAUACCUGGUUUAUGCCUCGGUUAUGGAUCCGGCCUCUUUUGAGUUAGGGUUUUCCUUCCCUUAUUGGGUGCGUUAUGUGGUUCCAGAGUGAUCCUGGCUAGUGGAAUGUCCUUUGUUUACCCUUGGGUCUUGGCGCAAGUGUUUCUGUUCCCACAUGCUCGACUAGUGGGAGGUGUCUUGUGUGUUGCAGGUUUACCCUUGGGUCUUGGCACAGGUGUUUCCGUUUCCAUGUACUCGACUAGUGGGAGGUGUCUUGUAUGUUGCAGGUUAUUUUUUUGGUUCUUUCAAAUACCUCAAUUGCUCCGGACUUUUCCAUGAUGUGGGUCUUGUGCAGCUGCAUGUCUCCAAAGACAUGUCUGCAUGUCUUCGGUCUCCCUUCUGUUGGCUGCUUUGGUGGCGGACGCUCUUCGUACCCAAUCACACUUGGUUUCUGUCAUGUGCUUCUUGAGCCUCCUGGAGCUGCAUUCUGAUUGGCUCUCAAAGAAUAUGGGGAUGCUCAGUGAGGGUUACUCUUGCAGGAGUUAUGGUCUCCGCUGCUUCGGCAUUGGCUGCCUUCCAGAAGCUGUAUGCUCUGGGAGGCGGUAUUCCUGUUUUUCACCUCCCGUCUCGUGUGUAGGCCGGCCAUGCUGGCCAAGUCUUUGAACUUGAUGUGGGCCCUGGCUCUCACUCCAGCUUCUCCAUUUUGUUUGUAAUUGUUUCCUGAGGACAUUGUUUCUCAGUUUUUGUUGACUGCGACAGGUUUUCCACGUUUGGGUUCUCCUGUUUGGGCUGAAUCUGGCAUCUCGUGGGGUCUGGCAGACCCAGUCUACCUCCCUCCUCAGCCCAAAUAAGGGGGAGGAGGUGGAGUAAAUUAGCCACCACUAAUUUCACUAAAUAUUGGUGGCUUAUUUUCAUUGUUGGGAGAGUUCUUUUGGCAUUUUGUUAAGUGACGGUUUGGUUUUAAUCGUGCAGUAUUGUGUUUUGCCUAACUUUCUGGGUACUUUCCUGGUGGUGGCUAUUAUGAUUAUCUUUAAAUUAAAGUGUUCAUAGGCCAUCACUCCAAGCACCUCUUUGAGAGGGAUCAGUUCCGGCUCGUGGUCGCCGGUAGGCUAAUAGAACUCCCUGACUCAUGGCACCUAGUAAUAUGGCACUGAAUCAAUGUGACAGAUCCAAGAGCCUCCAGGAUUCCUACAGAAAUUGGUGUUUCAUUACAUUUAAUGCUUUAUUUUUGUUGCUAUAAUAUCUCAAGUAUGUGAUGCUUAAAUUUAAUGAAUUAAAGUGUUUAAAGGAAAGAAAUCCAGCACUGAAUGUAAUGAAACACCUCUUCCCGGUGGGUCCCCUCGGUGGGUCCCUGUGCUACAUUCCUGGUUGGCCCCCACCUCAGUGGGUCCUUAUGCUUCCUUCCUGGUGGGUCCCCUCAGUGGGUCCCUGUGCUACUUCCCUGAUGGGUCCCCUCGGUGGGUCCCCGUGCUACCUUCCUGGUGUCAGGAAGCUAAUAAGUUUUAUGGGAGAGGUCCCCCUCAGUGGGUCCCUGAGCUCAGGCAUACACUGAGGAUAACCACCAGGAAGGUAGCAUGGGGACCCACUUAGGGGACCCACCAGGAAGGUAGCAUGGGGACCCACUUAGGGGACCCACCAGGAAGGUAGCAUGGGGACCCACUUAGGGGACCCACCAGGAAGGUAGCAUGGGGACCCACUUAGGGGACCCACCAGGAAGGUAGCAUGGGGACCCACUUAGGGGACCCACCAGGAAGGUAGCAUGGGGACCCACUUAGGGGACCCACCAGGAAGGUAGCAUGGGGACCCACUUAGGGGACCUCUCCCAUAAAAUGUAUUGGCUUUUGGCAACAACAAUUAACAAUUGCAAUGUUUUAAUGUUUUAGCAACUAUGAUUAUUUCAUGAGCAACUGUUCAGUUAAUAUGAUACCAGUGUCAUUACUGUUAAUACUAUUUGUUGGAUUGUUGAAUUUGAUAAAUCUCUCUGUGUGUGUGUGUGUGUGUGUGUGUGUGUGUGUGUGUGUGUGUGUGUGUGUGUGUGUACCCACCUAAUUGUACUCACCUAAUUGUGCUUGCGGGGGUUGA